AAGUUUGAUUGCAGAGUAGAUGAAAAGGGAUUUUUAUGUUGCCAUGAGGUAUGUGAUGAUGUUUUAAAAGAGCAGAAUAAGAUUAUGUGAUGAUGUUUUAAAAGGGCAUAAUAAGAUUAUAGGGUCCAGUUGUGUCGUUCCUUAUGUGCCGCAUACCACUAAUUAAUGUCAAGAUUAUUAUCUCCUCCUCCCACGCCAAAAGAAAUUCUGUAAGCAUACCACUAAUUAAUGUCAAGAUUAUUAUCUCCUCCUCCCACGCCAAAAGAAAUUCUGUAAAAGAGACUGCCUCUUAAUAUAGUUUUGUCUAAUUAUCGGGGCUAAAGUGCAAAUUCUCCCAGUUCAAUCUGCUAUAAAUUAAAAACCACGAUUUAGGGUUUCUGUUCUCUCAAACUCACUCAUAGCGGAGCAGCCGUCGAAGAACGUAAAAUACCGCAGCUGCUCGAUUCCAACCCUAAAAAUGUCUCUUGUAGCUAAUGAAGAUUUCCAGCACAUUCUGCGUGUGCAGAACACGAACGUGGACGGAAAGCAGAAGAUCAUGUUCGCCAUGACCUCAAUCAAGGGUAUUGGUCGCCGUUUCGCCAACAUCGUCUGCAAGAAAGCCGAUGUUGAUAUGAAUAAGAGGGCUGGUGAACUCACUGCUGCUGAACUUGAUAGCUUGAUGGUUAUUGUGGCAAACCCCCGUCAGUUCAAGAUUCCCGACUGGUUUUUGAACAGGAAGAAGGAUUACAAGGAUGGCAAGUUUUCCCAGGUGACAUCAAACGCUCUUGACAUGAAGCUUAGGGAUGAUCUUGAGCGAUUAAAGAAGAUCAGAAACCACCGUGGUCUCCGUCACUACUGGGGCCUUCGCGUGCGUGGACAACACACCAAGACCACUGGUCGUAGGGGAAAGACAGUGGGUGUCUCCAAGAAGCGAUGAGCGUUAUCUUUUCUAUUUAUCUCUUUGUUAUGGAUACUUUUGUUUUGUUUUAGGCUUUGCAAGCGCCUAUAAGAGAUUUACAUGACCGGCUCUUGUUAUCUUUGUUUUGGAUUCCAAUAUUAAUUUUGAUCAUGGUUUUUAAGACUCGGUAAAUCAAUGGUAAGGAACUUUUCUCUUUGGUUCA